UGUGAGAGUGAGAGUGUGUGGGAGCGAGAGAGUGGGACUGUUCCAGUAGAGCUCAGUGAAACGAUGACCUUCACGGUGCGGGAAGCCAGGCCUGAGGACAGCGAACAGAUUGUCCGAAUGAUCAAGGAGCUGGCAGCAUAUGAAAAACUUGCAGACCAGGUGGCUCAGACCGCAGUAGGUCUGAUACAAGAUGGAUUCACACAAGGUCCCUAUUACAAGUGUCUCGUGGCUGAAGUCCCAGCGGAUCGAGCCUGUCGAGGCCAUACACUUGUGGGUUACGCCUUGUAUUUCUUCAGCUACGUGUCCUGGAAGGGCAGGGCGGUUUAUUUGGAAGACCUCUACGUGAUGGAAGAGCUUCGAGGUGAGCAGAUUGCAUUACAGAACAAAUGCCCCCUGUUGAACUUUGUCGUCCUGAACGAAAACUUUCCAAGCAUUGACUUCUACCAGGCGAAGGGGGCUGUUGAUGUGACCAAGUCGGAAGGGUGGCAUCUCUUCAGGUUCCAGCAGGAACAGUUGGCAAAGCUGGCAGGCGGAAAGGGGCAGAACGUUGCGGCCUCUCCCUCUCAGUAAGCGCGGAGAACGGAGAGAAUUCCCCGCCAGCCGGAGAAUUCCCAGCCUCACCAUGGCGAAUGGGGAAUCCCUAUGUAAACAUGUCACAUUGCAAUUGUAGCCUCCUGCCAGCAUGUGGCGCUACAGGAGAACGACCGCGUGAUCUGCUAUCACCCAAUCAUCAGAGAGAAUCUAUCACUGAAUAACUGAGGUGUCCUCUCAAUCCUUUACAUCCACAAUAACCUGUUCAUUGGUGUCACUGACCACUUUUGUGUAGGAUUAAUUGUCCUGAUCACAAAACUGUAAUUAAACUUAUUAUCUCUUCA